UGUGGGGUUGUUAGUUGUUAAAUGUCCAGAUUUUCUCUCUGACUAAACUGAGUGCACCCAUUCAAUUACGGAGUACCAUUCAUGCCUCAAUAUUUAUUUUAUUUUUGCUUAUCCAAUUUUUCUGGUUUUCAUAUUGCUGUUGCCCAAAAUACAAAAACUCUUUGGAUAAAAGUUAAGCUCUCCAUUCUUUUUUUGUUUUAUUUGAUCAUGUCCUUGUACAAUUUCCUGAUCAGAUUACCCAAUUUAGGUAAGUCAAUCUUCUUGUUUAUUUCAUGAUUAAAAUUCUCAAUUCAUAAAUUUCUAUUCAGCUAUGGGAAACUGGGGUUGCAUUCAGUUGAAAUACCCUGCAUGUUUUCUAGUUCUCCUAGCAUUAUUCCAACCUUGUAUUGCUUCUACUCAAUAUACUGGCAUCAUACUUCCAGAGUUUCAAGCCUCUGAAAUGAGUCAUAUUGAUAACAAUGGAUUGUUUCUUUUGUCAAAUGAUUCUGCAUUUGCAUUUGGAUUCAAACCCACUAAAGAUGCCACCUUGUUCUUAUUGGUGAUCAUUCACCGCGACAGCUCCACUGUUGUGUGGACUGCUAAUACAGCUUCUCCGGUUGCAAAUUCUGAUAAUUUUGUGUUUGGUGCUGAUGGUAGUGUGUCCCUCUUAAGCAGAGGGAAGGCGGUAUGGAAACCGGAUACUGGUGGGAAACCGGUUUCUGUAAUUGAAUUACAGGAUUCAGGGAACUUGGUGUUGUUUGGGAGUGAUAAUAGUACCAUAAUUUGGGAGAGUUUUAAGUAUCCUACAAAUACCCUUCUUUCGAAUCAGGAUUUUGUACAAGGGAUGCAACUUUCAAGUAUUCCUGAUCUUACUAAGAGUAACUUAACAUAUGUGCUUGACAUCAAGUCAGGUGAUAUGAUUCUUUCUUCUGGUUACAAUACACCUCAGACAUAUUGGUCUAUGAGAAAGGAGAGAAGAAAGAUCAUUAACAAGGAUGGUGGGGUUGUUAAUUCAGCUAGGAUUGAGUCAAAUUCAUGGAAGUUUUAUGAUCAGAACAAGGUUUUGUUAUGUCAAAUUGUUCUCUCCUCCAAUCAUAAUGCUAGGAAUCUGACUUGGGUUGCAGUACUUCGGAAUGAUGGAUUUUUAGCCUUGUACACCCUCGGAAAUGGACCAUCAAGGGUUGGUUCAAAUUCCCCACUGAGAAUACCAAGUGAUCAAUGUGGAACACCCGAGGCUUGUGGGAAGUAUCUUGCUUGUUCCGGUAACAGGUGCCGAUGUCCUUCAGGUCUAGCCUACUCUCGGUCUUGUAAUGCUGCCAUGUCUGAUCAUCCAUGUGGAAAUCCAGAUGAGAGUUUUGAUUUAGUUAAUGUUGGAGAUGGGAUCAGUUACUUUGCUCUUGAGUUUACUCAGCCAUCCAUGAAAACUAAUUUGGAUGUUUGUCAGGCUUCUUGUGCUUCUAAUUGCACUUGCCUUGGUUUGAUCUUUGAUAAAACAUUGCACCAUUGCUUUCUCUUUGACUGGAUUGGAAGUUUUAUCUCUGAUCCAUCCUCCAAAUACUCCGUCUAUGUUAAAGUAUCGAAGAAUACAGUUGUUGGAGAAGGAAGUAGCCGAAACCAUAGUAAGCACUUGGGUAUAAUCAUUACAAUUGUAUUCCUGACUAUGAUCGUUGUGGGUGUGGUUUGUGGAGGAUACAGAUAUCUGAUGAGAAAAGCUAAAGUGAUUGAAUCUCUUCUUGUUGAAACUUCAGAAGAUGAUAGUUUCUUUGGGACACUGUCAGGGAUGCCAGUUAGAUACAGCUACAAGUUUCUUCAGGAAGCAACCAGCAAUUUCUCUCUGAAACUUGGACAAGGCGGGUUCGGGUCAGUUUACCAAGGCAAACUACCUGAUGGAACUAUAUUUGCUGUGAAGAAACUUGAAGGGGUUGGUCAAGGAGUAAAGGAGUUCCGAGCUGAAGUUAGCACCAUAGGCAGCAUCCAUCACAUACAUUUAGUCAAACUAAAGGGGUUCUGUACAGAAGGGAGCCACCGCCUUCUAGCUUAUGAGUUGAUGGAAAACGGUUCUUUAGACAAAUGGAUAUUUAAGAGAAAUCAAGAUAAUGAUUUUGUGUUGGAUUGGUUAAAAAGGUUCAAUAUUGCAGUUGGUACUGCUAAAGGGCUAGCAUAUCUUCAUGAGGAUUGUCAAGUGAAGAUUGUUCAUUGUGACAUAAAGCCUGAGAAUGUUCUUCUUGAUCAACACUUUGUGGCGAAAGUAUCAGAUUUCGGGUUAGCUAAGUUGAUGACAAGGGAACAAAGCCAUGUCUUCACCAUUCUUCGAGGCACACGAGGGUAUCUUGCGCCCGAAUGGAUAACAAACUAUGCAAUUUCAGAGAAGAGUGAUGUUUAUAGCUAUGGAUUGGUGUUGCUUGAGAUCAUUGGAGGAAGGAAGAACUAUGAUCCUUCACUUCCUUCUGAAAAAUCACAUUUUCCAGCCUAUGCUUUGAAGAUGAUGGAGGAAGGAAAUCUAAGGGAAAUCCUGGAUUCGAGCCUUGAAUAUGAGCCUAAUGAAAAGAGUGUUGGAACCGCGAUCAAGGUUGCAUUAUGGUGUAUACAAGAAGAUAUGUCAAUGAGACCACCUAUGACUACAGUUGUCCAAAUGCUUGAAGGAAUUUGCCCUGUUCCUCAUCCUCCAACAUCUUCGUUAACAGGUACUGGGUUUUCUCCAAACUUGUACACUUUGACAGGUACCGGGAGUGGGUGUUCGUCUGGACCGUCAGCUGUACAGCUCUCAGGGCCAAGAUAGCUAAUGAAAUAUAAUGGUUAAGGUUUGGUUCGAGUAUGUGUCAUCUAACUGUAUAUAGGAGUAUUAUUUUGUUCAGGACAUUUGAAUUUUGUUACAUUUUGUUUUGGGGGUUUUUCUUAUUGAAUGCAAGUAUAUACGAAUUAAUUUCAUACAUAUCCGAUCAUGUGUAGCACAACCAUAUCAGACCAGUUAAAUGGUAUAACUUGCC